CAUCUUUAACAGAUUCCUCACAAACUCACCUCCCGACUACAGCACGGGCAUCCGAUAAGACCUGCGCGGAGACACAAACACACAGUCAGAGAGAGGGAGCUGCACACAGGCAAAGUCGGGACAGUCCAAACAGAGCGCUACACUUCAUUACGCACAAGUUGCGAAGAGGAAAACAGGACACACUCAAUACUAGCGCAACUGCAGAUAUAUCUCUUAUCAAGAGUGCGAAGGACCGGAUUUCAGGAAUUAAGCUUCACUUUGGAAAAGAGUUUUUGUGGAUUGUGUGCGUCUGGAGUGGUUUGAGGAUGCGCGUCUCGAUCCUGCUGCUGCUCUGCGCUCUUUACGCAGGAGACGCGCACAAACUAUCCGCGCUCACGUUUCUACGUGUCGAACAGGAUAAAGAGUGCAACAUGGAUUGUUCUGGAGCUCCUCGCAAGCAGCUGUGUGCAUCAGACGGACGGACCUUCAGUUCCCGAUGCGAGUUCCUCCGCGCAAAGUGCCGCGACCCUCAGCUGGAGGUCAUCCGAGGGCCAUGCAAAGAUACAUCCAGGUGUGUGGCAGAAAAAAAGUACACAGAGCAACAGGCCAAGAAACUCUUCCCACAGGUGUUUGUACCUGUCUGCAAUCCAGAUGGAACAUACAGUGAGGUUCAGUGCCACAGCUACACUGGUUAUUGUUGGUGUGUAACACCAAAUGGCAGGCCAGUCAGUGGCUCAGCAGUAGCAAAUAAGAAACCUCGAUGCCAAGGGUCCAAGAUUGAUAAGGUAAAUCCAAGAGAACCAGGAAAAGCAGUUUCCUUGCAAAUCUUCUCCAUUCUAAAUGCAGAUGAAUUGGCUACUCCCAUAGUUGAACACCAGCCGUCUGCUGAUGAGGAAGACCUCAUCUCCCAUUACCCUACACUGUGGACAGAACAGGUCCGCAGCCGACAAAACAGGACCAGAACACAAUCGACCUCAUGCGAUCAGGAGCAGCUGUCGGCACAGGAAGAGGCAAGACAACAUAAAAACGAAGCAGUUUUUGUGCCCGAUUGCGCUCAUGGUGGCCUCUACAAACCUGUCCAGUGCCAUCCCUCUACUGGGUACUGCUGGUGUGUCCUGGUAGAUACUGGGCGACCCAUACCUGGCACAUCCACCAGAUACGAACAACCAAAAUGUGAUGGGAAUGCCAGAGCACAUCCUACCAAACCAAAGGACCAUUAUAGGAGCAGACACCUGCAGGGAUGUCCUGGGGAGAAGAAGACAGAAUUUCUGACGAGCAUACUGGACGCAUUGUCCACAGACAUGGUCCAUGCGGUAACUGACCCGGCGUCUGCUGGCAGGAUGUUGGAGCCUGACCCCAGUCACACUCUGGAAGAACGAGUUGUCCACUGGUAUUUCAGCCAACUUGACAAAAAUGCAAGCGGUGACAUUGGAAAGAAAGAAAUCAAACCAUUCAAACGGUUACUGCGCAAGAAAUCCAAACCGAAGAAGUGUGUGAAGAAGUUUGUGGAAUACUGCGACGUCAGUAACGAUAAGGCCCUGUCUCUACAAGAACUGAUGGGCUGUUUAGGGGUCACUAAGGAAGAAGGGGCUAAAACAGGUGAAGGCACAACCUCUAGUAAACUGAACGUGGCAAAGAAACAAGGCUAAAUUCGCCUCUGAGAUCGGAUCGCACCAGCUGUUGUCCCGCAGAUCACACCGCCACCAAAAUGACGAUGGAAAAAAUAGUCUUUGCACUUUGUACUUUAAAACAAUGUAAAUUCACUUUGUAGAAAGAAUAAGGUAUUUAAACAGACUGCUGAAUAUGUGAAUGAUGUAGUUAGCAUUUGUAUGUCCUUACAACAACAGCUAAAAGAAUAAUAGUAUUUAACACAUACAAUGUAUGUGUCCUUUGUGAGUCUAAAAUAAGUAUUCUUUUCUAAAUUGUACAAGUUGUAUCACAUGUUGCUUUUGUCAAGGCCAUUUUUUGAUGUUCUGUUACGUACUUUGCUUGUCUUUACUUUUGGAGAAAUAGUUUGUAAUGCAUCUAAACUGAAUUUUAGAAGCUUUGUUUUAGUUAUAUAUAUAUAUAUAUAUAUAUAUAUAUAUAUAUAUAUAUAUAUAUAUAUGUAU